UAUUUUUUCUCUAGACCAUUACUUUUUGCUCAUUACGUUUCAGUGUUAUUCCCCCAUAGAAAAUUCAGAUCGAAUGUUCAAGUUGUUUUAACACAUCGUUAAGCAACUUCGAUCUGUUGUUAUUGGGAUGUAUACGAACUUGAGAGAUCUUCUCCGUCUACUUUCAGUAGUAGUUAGAACUUCUUAAUAAUGGAUCCUGGAAUCCCAGUAGCUAUUAUUGACAAACUUUCCAAGAUCAUAGUGGAGCCGAUAGUCAAGAAAACGUGUCAAGAAAUAGCGCUGGUUUGCAACUUCACGCGGGACUUUGACUGGUUGAAGGAGCUCACAAGUAUACAUGAUUUUCUGGUAAAGGUAAAUUUACGUGCUGUACAAGACAAGGGGGUGAAAAGAUGGCUGAACCGAGUUCAGGACGUUGCCUGGGAAGCAGAGGACAUUGUGGAAGAAUGUGCUCUUCGCCCUCUUUAUGCUAGCAAUGUAACUCAGUCUUGUGUUUGCAUUCCUGUUGAAUUAUAUUUCCGCUAUAAAAUGGCAAAAAGAAUUCAGAAAGUCAAAGAGCGGGUCAUAUUUAUCACGAAAGGUGGAGAGCAGCUGAAGCUUUUGGGUGAAUUAGUGUCGGCUCUCUCCGAACAGUCAUCAAGCAAUGCAGAGAGGAAGGAAAAUAGUCUCCUGCCCAGCGAUUCACAGCCUGUAGGGAUUGAGCUCAAGGUUCAGAAGCUUAUCACCGAGAUAGAUGGAUCAACUGUUCCAGUCAUUGCCGUGGUGGGGAUGGGCGGAGCAGGGAAGACAUUUCUUCUCAAAAACGCUUUUAAGAAAAUCAGAGCAAGGUAUACGCAUUCAAUCUGGCUUUCCAUAUCACAGGCAUAUUCUAUUAAAAAAUUACAGCUUGAUUUAAUGAAAACUUUAAAUGUUGAGGUGAAUAAUGUAACUGAAGAUGAUGCCGCGCGGCUGAUUCAUGACGCUUUAGGAGGAACGAAAUCUCUCAUCGUGCUGGAUGACGUCUGGAGGGUAGACAGAGAGAAAAAUAUCAUGACAAGGCUUGGUCUACCAGUUGGUCCUGAAAGCCAAUGUAAAGUUGUUGUUACAACAAGAAAUAGGCAAAUUUGCGACAACCUUGGUGCUUUGCCUUACGACAUGGAGCUUUUAUCAGAGCAAGAGAGUUGGAAGCUGUUCUGUGCUCAUGCUUUCCCAGAUGAACCCGUCCCGGAUCAACUUCAAGCGAUAGCUAGUCAAGUUGAAAAGGAAUGCGGGAGGUUACCAUUGGCUCUCAAGAUAACAGGAGCCUCUCUCUCCCGCUGCACGGAGCUAAAAAAGUGGGAAUUUAAAUUGAAUCAGCUCAAGAAGGUUGAUCUUGUGAAGUUUGUUGAUCCUAACUAUGACUUAAUUAUGCACAUUCUCGAAUUGAGCUAUGAUUCCUUGCCUUCACCUCUUAAGGUCUGUUUUUCUUAUUUGUCAUUCUUUCCUGAGGAUGAGAAAAUAAAUGCGGAAUAUCUCAUAAAUCUUUGGAUUGCCGAAGGAUUCAUUUCCCAAGAAGGAGAAUAUCAGUGGGAGGUAGCUUGGCGUUAUUUAGAUCUCUUGGCCAGCCUAUGCUUGCUUGAAGUAGAAGAGGAUGAGCAUCUAGUCAAACAUUGUAAGGUCCAUGACUUGCUGCUCGAUUUAGCAAUUCUUAUAUCUAAAGAACACCAAUGUAAAUUUUCUGUUAAUGAUGCCUUCACAUCCGCGAAAAGAAUUUUACUGCACCAGCAAGAGGCCAUUGUACAAACCAGGGAAUCUUGUCCGAGAUCUCUUCGGACUCUGUCAUUGUAUGACACUUCCAUUGAGAAAGUUGAGAAAAAGUUUGUCAGUCCUGUGAGAUUAUUAAGGGUUCUCGACUUGAGCAACACUGAGAUCUCCACAUUGCCCUCUUGUGUCGGAAAGCUAAAAAUUCUCAAGCUUCUCAAUUUAUCAUGCACAAAAAUUAAAAAGAUACCAAAAUGUGUGAAAAGUCUUAAGCGUCUUCUCUUUCUUGAUCUGUCUGACUGUGAGCUAGAACGUCUUCCUAAGUGGAUCAAUAAACUCAAAUGUCUCCAGCAUCUCAAUAUAAGUGGUUGCAAUGAUGAUCUGCUGAGUCAUAUGCCCAAAGGAAUUUCAAAGCUGGUGGAUUUGAGGGUACUAAGAUCGAGCCACUUGAGGUUCUGUGCCGAAAAGGAUGGAUUCUUAAAGUUGGAGGAUCUUCCCAAAUUAACCUGUCUUCAAGAAUUAAGCUUAGAAGUUAAUAAGGAAAUGAACAACGGAACCUUUUCUCAGCAACCCUACAUGCGCUAUCUAUCAGUUAAAUCAUCUGGUGCAAUAUCUUCUUUGCCGCCGAAUCUCUCCGACAUGCAGUAUCUACAAACACUUAAACUCGAGAAAUUUGCUGUGCCGAAUUGGCUGUGUGCGCUAACGGAUCUAGCGUAUCUCAAAUUAGAAAAGUGUGACUGUAGCUAUUAUCCGGAAUUUCAAAACUUGCCUAACUUGAAAAAGUUGGUAUUAGAUGGUGAUAACACUUGUACAGAACUACCAAAGGUGUUUGGAAAGCCAUCUGGGUUUCCCAAGCUACGCUUUCUGACAAUUAUGAAUUUCUCUAAUUUGGAGGUGCUGCCAGAUUUAGAGGAUGGAGCAAUGCCCUUCCUGCAGGAGUUCUAUGUAGGAUCUUGUCCGCGAGUGAAGAAAGUUCCAGAGGGUUUAGAAUGGUUGACAAAACUAAAGAAGUUCUACUACACUGGGAAUGAAAACGAUGAAUUGAACAGAGGCCAGCAAUUCUGGGAUAAUAUCAGAGCAAAUAUCAAAGAUCAAAAUAAUUCUCAAGUGGAAAUCAUUGUAACUAUUAUUUAGCUGUUUCGCAAUUAUGAAUUCAGAGAUAAACUGGGUUAAGAACAGCAAGUUUGGAAUGAGAUCAAAGCAGAACGAGCGUAUGUGGACCUGGUAAGAUAGUAUUCAGCAAAUGAUUUAUUUAGUUCAGUAUUUUAUUAAUCAUCCAAUAAUUGUUUUUAGUAGUGUAAGUUUUUCCAAUUAGUUUGUCAGU